GCCGGUUCACACUGGAGGCGGAUCCGCAAACGCGAGGCGGUUCGGGUCAUUUCCAGCCGCAAAAGCGGCUGGGGCGGCGCGGUUGGGGCGCGUUUUCAGGAUCGGUCCGAGACCGAAUUUUCAGAACCGCUUUCGGCGACCGCGGAGCGGUUCCCGAAAGUGGGCCAAUAGGAACUCGAUGCUGCCGUGACGUUUGGUUGACGUCACGCUAGCAGACUGCACAGUCCCAAGAUGGCGACCGUUCGAAGCACCGGUGCAGCGGAGUCGGCGAAAAAGAAAAAACAUGCGGUGAAGACGGAGGUCCUAUUGGACCUUGUAAAACAGUACCCCUGCCUUUAUGACAAACGACAUCCGAAGUACAAAGACAACGCUUACAAGGACGAGCUUUGGGGCAACCUCGGCGUGGAUCUCGGCGGUGUCGAAGGAAGCGUCUUGGCAAACAAAUUUAAGAAUGCCAAGGAUUCAUAUCAAAAGCAAAAAAAUAAAAUAUCUGACAGCAUGAAGAGUGGUGCUGGGGCAGGGGAAGUUAUCAAAAUAACUUGGCCCCACUACAUCCAAAUGAUGGAGAUAAUGGAACCAGUGUCGCCCACUCCAAGCCUCCACACAAACUUGGAUUUUUAUGGUGAGAUGAGUGGCACCAGCAGUGGCACCAGUGGCACCAGCAGUGGCACCAGCGGUACCACCAGCAGUACCACCAGCAGCACCAGCGAUGGCAGUGGUCACCUGGAGGAAAGAAGGGCUGAUGAGCAAAAUGACAACCAGUGCGAGCCGUGA